CUGGAGCCCGACGCUCUCAGCUACAACGCUGGGAUCAGCCGCAUGCGAGAAAGGCGAGCAAUGGCAGCCGGCGCUGCUGCUGCUAAGCGAGAUGCGGGAGGCGAAGCUGGAGCCCGACGUCAUCACUACAGCGCAGGGAUCAGCGCGUGCGAGAAAGGCGAGCAGUGGCAGCGGGCGCUGGCGCUGUUGAGCGAGAUGCGGGAGGUGAAGCUGGAUCCCAAUGUCAUCAGCUACAGUGCUGGAAUCAACGCGUGCGAGAAGGGUGGGCAGUGGCAACAGGCGCUGAGCAUGCUCAGAACCAUGCGUUUGAGAAAGUUGGACGUUGGCUUCACGAUCUACGGAAUUACAGCCAGCAUGUGCGAGCAAGGCGGGCAAUGGAGCCAAGUGCUGUUUUUAUUCAGGGAGGUGCGUGACCUGGUUACAGGGAAAUGA